AUGUCCGACCUUGAGAACGCCCCUUCUGCCUCCUUCGAGGAGAACUCCUACGUAUCUCGCCCUGGUGAGAAGGACCAGCCCAUUGCUGUCCAGGCCGACUCCGACCGAGUUGAGGACCCCAUCGACGCCGAGCAGGCUGACACUGAUGCUCAGCUUGAGCGCGAUGAGAAGGAUGCCAUUGAUAAGAGCAACAUCAUCGAAGAGCGCACUCGAGGUGCUGCCCAGCCCGGCGGCACAUACCAGGAGCCUGGAGACGAGGAGGGUCUUCCCGCUGAUGACGGCACAAGCUCCGUCUAA